AAUCCCGAACUAUUUCUGCACUCGGGCUGCUGGAGAGAGAGACAGACAGACAGACUGAACGCCAUGGUUAUUGACCGAGUUUGCGAGGGUUAUUCGGGGUUUGUGGACAUGAACACGGACGUCAUGACGAGUCCGGUGAACCUGUGGUCGUUUUACGGAUGCUCUUCUCCCGGGACGGAACCGGGACACGGGUCUCCAUGGAAACCGAGCGGAGAGUGUGAGGAGAGCGGAAGUACCGCGGGGAGUCCGGAGCGCCCUGAUAGCAGCUUCACUGGCGUCAACGUUGAAGCUCAGGAUGGUUCACAGCAGCUGAGUCCCCAGUACCAGGGUGUGCGUGUGAAAAAAACAGUCAAAGAGCUCAUUAUGCAGAAACGUCACAGCGAAGUCCAGGUGCAGCCAAAUCAGAAUGAAGUUGAAUUCCCAGCCAUAACUACUUUGCUUCAGAAUGGAAAAAGAGCCGCUGAGAGUCCUUCGCCUCAUUGUGUCACUAAAAGACCCGCUACAGAAUACAACAACAUCCUGUCUGCAUAUCUUUCAACUGAGGACAUCCUGAAAGAGCAAAACAUCUGUGAGGGACUUGGUGACAUCUUCAGCAACACUGGGCUGUUGAUUGAGUCGGUGAAGGUGCAGGACAGUCCGAUAUCAAUCUGCCCUCUACCUCAAGCCACACAAGAAACACUACCUAGCGUCUACGCUACCACAUCUAGCCCACUUUAUAGCAACUGCCAAACUGCUCAGGUUACAGAGAGCCCAUACACAUCUCCAUUCCAGAGCCUAAGCCCACAGAAUGGAUUUGGACCCUGUGGGACUACUGCUCCUCCGAUGUCCUUUUUCCAGUGGCAGAUCCAACAAGAGGAGGAGAAAGUGGCUGGUUUGAGCCCCCUGGAUCUCAUUAUGAAAGAUGGAGAUGGAGAUACAUUCCUUCACAUUGCAGUGGCCCAGGGUAGACGAGCCCUGGCUUACGUGCUUGCCAGAAAAAUGUAUGAUAUUGGUAUGAUCGACGUCAAAGAGCAUAACAACCAGAGUGCAUUCCAAGUAAGUGUGGCAGCCAACCAACAUCUCAUUGCACAAGACCUCCUUUCACUGGGAGCCUUAGUAAACACUGUGGACAGCUGGGGCCGCUCCCCCCUUCACGUGUGUGCGGAAAAGGGACACACUCUGAUUCUGCAGGCUAUCCAUAAAGCUAUGCAGAAUAAUGGCCUGAAGGUGAACAUCGAGGCAGUUAAUUAUGACGGUCUUACUGCUCUACACAUAGCUGUCCUGACCCACAAUGCAGUGGUGCAGGAUCUGAGCCGUAUGGCGUCACCUCAGUCUCCGCAAGCGGCAACUCUGAUGCAGAAGAGGAAGCUGCUUGGUGAAUGUAUCAACACUCUUCUGUUUAUGGGGGCCUCUUAUAGUACAAAGGAUCGCAAAAGUGGACGCACUGCCCUGCACAUGGCUGCCGAGGAAGCCAAUGUUGAGCUUUUGCGUCUUUUCCUAGACCAGCCGGACUCUCUUUCUGUGAUCAAUGCCAAGGCAUAUAAUGGCAACACGGCACUGCACAUGGCUGCUGCACAAAAUGGCCGUCAAGCGCAGGCACACGCCGUACAGCUGCUGAUGAGAAGGGGAGCUGAUCCAAGCGCCAAGAACCUGGAGAACGAGCAGCCCAUUCAGCUCGUAACUGAGGGGUCUGUCGGAGAUCAGGUGAGAAGGAUCCUGAAAGGCCGUGGUCCGCAAGUCCGCUCCUGCGUGCUGUAGUAAGACCAUUCUCGCCCGAUCUCCGUCCUUCAGAAACACUGUCAGUUAGGCAGUCCAACCUGUGUACAGUCUCAUUUGCUGGUAUAAGGCAGAUGUCAGUUGUUUCUAUGAAACAAACUUAACAUUGUUCACUACUGUGUAGUAGAAGAGAAAAGGAAGGUGAGCCCAGAGUACAUGGUACAAGCUUUAAUUAGAAAUUAAGACUUUUUUUUUUUUUUUAAGAAGGAAAAAAAAUCAAGACUUCAUGAAAAUUACAAUUAUCAUCUCUGGGCUCUUGUGAGUAAAGGUUUGGUUUGCAUUAUAUUGUUGAUUUGAAUAUAUUGUGAUAUAUAUUGUUAAGGCACUUCAUGAUGUAAAUAACUUCAUAAUACACUGAGAACAUACAUAAACCACUGAGGUUUGUUUGAUUAAACUUUUAGAAUGUUGUAAUAAACUUUUUUUAUUGUUUGCUUUAUUCCCAUACUUAUGAUAUAUAUCUCCAGAGUUUCUCAUGAUAUAAUUUCUUAACCAUGAACUCUAUUUCCCUGUAAUCAGAGUACGUAGAUUAACCAUUGCCUAGCCAUCAACUCUGUGCUAGCUUCCCUGUUUUUCUAAUGUUCUCUGAUCCUAAGAAAUAGCGUGAGCUAAAAUACCUUUUAGCAUGUUGACCUUGAAAUUUGCAGGCGCUUGUUUAAACACAGCUUUGUGUGUAAAAUGCAUGAAUAAUGGUCAACACACAACGCUCAAGGCAUUUAUGAGUACCUUAUCUAUGCUAUAAUUGUGGCCGCCUUUAUCAUAUGAUCUUUGUACUUUUGAGCUCUUUGGUAUGCUGUGUCACGAGUGUUAAGGGUUACAUUUCUCUUACAUUUGUGUGUGUAUGACUGACUUAUUUAUAUAUAUAAUAUGUAUGUGUGUAUAAAUAACCUAAAUGUCUUGAUUAUACUGGUGAUGGGGUUGCAAAGUACUGUAUGUCUAAUAGACAAAGGGUUUUCCUCUCCAUGUAUAAGUCAUGUUUGUGAUGGGAAUUUUAAAUAAAGAACUAAUUAUGCAAA